AUGGCGCCCAAGGGUGCAACGCUGCGGUUGAGUGCGCGGUCCAACAAGACGGAAAGCCAUGUCGAGCGCAUGGCGCGAGCAGGGUUGCAAAAGGCAGCAGAUGGUUUGCCAGAAAUGGAUCGUCUGUUGGCAGAGGGUUUGCCUAAAGCCGUGGAACAGUUCGUUGGCAGUCUUCGCAAAUUGCAAAGCAGGGACGACCUGCUGAAUUCUGCAGUUCCGUUGGAACCUGCAAAGAAUCUACGUCAGGUCGUGUGGCACUUCCGCGACCUUUCGUGGAGGACAGCAGUUCAUCCCGAGCAGGCCACAAAAUUGGGGGAAGCCUUGGCGGAGCCGCUCAAGAUUAUACAAGCCAUUUCAGUUCUGAUUGAAGGCAUGGAUCUGCAGAGCUUGAUCCGUGGUGAAAACCCUGAUAACCUCGCAGGUGCUUUGCUGCUGGGGCUGGAAAACUGGACGCUCUAUUGCGUGCUUGCUAGCAGCUAUGGCGUGCCCCACAAGCUCGUGAUCGAGGAGGUCACCGCGGGCAUCUUGAAAAGUCUCAAGGAGAUGCUUCGGCAAAUCAUCGGGCCGCUGCAAGCCUCCGAAUCCGACAGGAGCAAGAAGGCUCCUGGCGAAGGCCAAGCCGGAGAUCUUCCCUUUAGUGCCGAGCAUGCCAGUGCUCUCUGUACAUCGGUGGCCGAGCUACUGCAGGCACUUCAUGAGUUCCUGAGUCGCCAUCGGCUGGCCGAGGAUCAGCUCCACCAGCUAAUCCACAUUGCUCUCUCCAUUUUCUUUUUGGGUGAGCCAAAUUUUCGUCUAUGUGCAGCUGCGGAGGAGGUGCUGGUGACGAUUUUCUCGCGCCAUGAAGCGCUCCGCAGCUCGGUGCUACAGGAGUUUCUUUCCCGGGCACCAAGGCUGCCCACAGGCAAGCGGGCAAAGAAGUUCCAGAUGCCCGCGACAGAGGAGAGCGGAGCAUAUGGUCUGAGCACUUGGACGCAUCUGCUGCUGCGACUCUGCCAAUCCGCUUGCCUGCCGUUGCGCGAGCCGAUCGGCAGCGAUGUGGACUUCGAAUCGGUGGUCGAGUGCCGUCCGGCUGCGCAGUCGGUCAUCUCUCAGCUUGUAGCUGGGCUAUUGCAGCGACUGGUGCUGUCUCGAAGUAAGGACGAGGAAGCCCGUUUGAUUAUGGAGGACUUCACUGACGAAGUCUUCUCUGCAGCUUUCAAGCCAAUGUGGCCUGGUCUUCUUGAGAAGCAUCGGCAAACGUGGAGCGCCGUGCUGAGGCUCCGCCAGAUGGUGCAGCAACUGAUCGCAUUUCUUCAGGAGAAGAAGCAGGCAGGCGACAUCACCGUGCGAGAGUUCACGUUGAAGCUGUUGUCUGGCCGGCAUGUCGACUGUUUGUGGCUUCGCAUUGUGGCGUGCAUCAAUCAAGGGCCCCUCUUCUUGGCUGAAGGGUGUUGCCCAUGCAAUCGCAGCUGCUGUUGGAGUUGA